GAGCAAAACAAAACUACACAAAUAUGGAAAACGUUUCGAAUCCAAUUAAGUUGUAUUUAUAGAAAGGUAUCGGAUCCAAAUUAAGUUAUAUUUUAAAGAAAAGGUAUCGAAUCCAAUUAAGUUGUAUUUUAUGGAAAGGUAUCGAGUCCAAAUUAAGUUAAUGCGUGGGAACUAUCUACUUCCUUAUAAAAGGAGAAGCUGGUGUGAUGAUCACCAGGUAUCAGUAGAGAUACACACCCUAUAAAAGAAGUAGAGGUUCAUACCUUGUGAACCAAGGACAAGCUUCCCAAAAUACACACUUACAGAGCACAUGUACUCGGUGGCACUAUAUCAGCACGACACUUAUAUGUGAUAAAUUCUGUUCCGAACACAUUCCAAUAAUAUGGAUCGAAGAUUGUUUUCAGUUGCUCAAAGCGUUGAUAGCGUUGAUGCGUUAUAUUCUCUUAUUCAAGCGGAUCCAUGUAUUCUUCAAAAAGUCGACGUUUUACCUUUCGUCCACACACCUCUCCACGAAGCUUCAUCCACUGGGAAGAUAGAUUUGGCAGUAGAACUUAUGAUUCUACAGCCAUCUUUUGCCAAAAAAUUGAACAAGGAUGGGCUUAGUCCCUUGCACCUCGCUGUCGAGAACCAGCACGUUGAGUUAGCGCAAGAGCUAAUCAAGUUUGAUCCCAGUCUUGUUCGUAUUCGUGGAAGAGGAGGUACAACACCUUUGCAUCUUGUGGCGGAAAAAGGCCACGUGGAUCUUCUUACAGAGUUUCUCUUUGUAUGUCCUGAAAGCAUUAGAGAUGCAAAUGUUAAUGGAGAGACUGCUUUACAUAUCACGGUUAAAAACGAUAGACACGAAGAGCUCGAAGUUCUGAGAGGCUGGAUGCAGAGAAUGCUUAUAAGUGAUGCUUUAUCCACUGAGAAACACGUCCUGAACACACGCGAUCGUGACGGCAACACAGCCUUGCACCUAGCGGCGUACAAAAAUGAUAUUAGGGCAGUGAAAGAGCUGUUGGAAUGCAUGUCACUGAACCGCAACAUCCAGAACAAAAGCGGCAUGACAGCCCUUGAUGUAUUACGAGCCAAUGGAUCUCACAUGAACAUUAAAGAAACAGAGAAAAUCAUACAACAUUCCGGGGGUAAGACCAGGGACUCUGUAACCACGGUUAACACAAUGUCUGUCUUCCUAAAGACACCCGUCUCUUUUUGGGAACAUUGUUCGACGGGAUUGGUACGAUAUAAGAGUAAUAUGACAGACGGAACACGGAACGCUCUUCUCGUGAUAACAGCUUUGAUAAUCACCGCUACUUAUCAGACCGCGGUUCAACCGGAUGAUGAUGAGGAUUUCAUCAAAAGCAACGAUGUCGUAUCCAAGAUUGUGCUAUUAUGGGGAUUCAAUACAAUAGCCUAUUUCCUAUCUAUGGCCUUGACUUUUAUACUCAUACCAGUUGGUGGAGCAUACACCUGGUGGUAUAUAUGCAUUACGUUACCUCUCGAUUGUUCUUAUGUACUUUCGACGUACAUGAAGUAUAAUCUCCGGCCGAAUGAGAUCCCCAUAUCGCUCAUCUAUAUAUACGUGAUCGUUAUACUCGGAUUUCUCGUCGGUCUGCUUGUAUUCUACGUGAGGUGGAGGCGGACAACGCGGAAGAGUGGACCGGAACCCAAACGUGAGCUGAUUUCCGAAGGCUUCAAGACCGUGGUUUAAACUUUUGAAGUAUUUAUAUAAUACCACUAGGGUCGGUCCGCGCUACGCGUUUUUGUUUGAAGUAUACUACAAUAGAACCUCUAUAAAUUAAUAUUCGAUAAAUUAAUAAUUUCUAUAAAUUAAUAAUUUUCGCCGAUCCCAACUUGGGCUGGUUCAAAAUUUGAUACAAAUCGAUAAAAUAAUAAGAUAAUAUUUUUUUAAAAAAUUCUUUGUAAAUAUAUGGUCCCAUUAAAAUUAUAAAUUAAUAAUUUAUAUGUAUACAUAUUUUAUAUAAGUAAGAA